ACUUGCACAGAGUAUGGCAUGACUGUACUUUUCUUGAAAGUGAGCAGUAUUGAGGAACCACCAGCAGAUUUUGAUGGCAAGGUGGAUGCAGAAGAGUUCUGGGAGAAGGUGGCAAUGGAAGUGAUUUCCCGUGGAUUGGUGCCCAGUAACAAGGAAAACCCUUUUAUCGUACGUCCUAACUACCACAAUUGGGCGCCUUGGAUAGGGCCCCACACCAGGAGUGGCAAUGUAGUCCUCAACACAGAAUACAGAAAGGUGCAUUCCCCAUACAGUCCAGCAGAACAGUUGGAGUUGAACAUCACAGAGGACAGACUUACUGACGAGCUUCUCAAAGUCAAGAUGCACGAUCUGCGUGGCUUGUGUGGGCAGUGUGGUGUGGACCCCCGGGGCUCACGAAUGGACAUUGUCAGCAGAAUUCAGCAAGAAAUGAAAAACAGAGAUAGCUAUGACAAGGUCUUCUCUCAGAUCUGGAAAACUUCAGGUGGAUGGGCAGUGGUAACCUGUCCAUGUGCCGUGGUGUACGCUGUAAAGUUCAAUAUCAAAGCUGAAAGUCCACAAGAUUAUACAGACAUUCUGCUUUCCCUUAAACAUUUUCCAAAUGUCACACUCUACGAUUUCACCCGUGGUUUGGCAACCCACGCCAACCACAGAGUGCCAGAAACUUUCCGGCCGCAUGGUGGCAGGUUGCUUGAACCUACAGAGAGCAAUAUCUCACGGGCUAGCUCAGGUGAACUCAAAGUUACCUUGCCAUGGCUACGUAACAAAAAGAAGGUGCCAGACAGUGAUGGACACCCUCUCACUGGGUCAUCAGAUCGCUACGCUCUUUAUGAUCGUUUUCAUGAAGAUAACACAAAGGACGUGAGAGAUGUCCUGCGAAAAGUAGAACUGGUUCCAGAGAUCUGUGGCUGGGACAACAGCCAGUCUGCCGAACAGCUUUUCUCUGGGAUGAGGCAGAAUAACCAUUUCCUGAACAUGAUGACCCCAUCUUCACAUGUUUUCUUAAUGAGAAACAUUUUGCACCAUUAUAACAACAACAAGAAUGCUGUAACAAUGGAAAACAUUAAGAAGACACUUGGCCAGGGUGUAACUUUAAAUUGUUAUGGCCAAGCAGUGUUGGGUAUGUAUCACACAAAUAUUGACGUUAAUAUGUGAACAAUAUGGGGCAUUCACCAAAAAGUCUAAUAUGCAAUAUCCUUGAGCAUCAAAGCAGAAAGCUGAAUAAG